AUGCCAGACCCGCUGAUCAGUCAACGACAGGAGUCAAGCCCGUCGAGCUCCUCUGGAACAAUUGUAGAGGUGACAGAAGGUACAGAGACAAAGACCGAAGGGCAACAUGUCUUCAACGAGCAGACAAACUAUGUCCCGAAGAGUACCAUCAUCACAACGACCCUCGCGGCCAGUUUGUCCAUCGUCGGCAACGCCCUGAACGCCAGCAACCAGACGUCCUGGAUCUCCGGCGCCUAUUUUGUUACAUCCACCUGCUUCCAACUGCUCUACGGCCGCCUCUCCGACAUCUGGUCCCGCAAAUACGUCCUCUUCGCCGGCCUCGCCAUCUUCUUCUUCGGCUCGCUGGCCGCCUCCCUCGCCCAAACAGCCACCCAGCUCAUCAUCUUCCGCGCCUUCACUGGCAUCGGCGGCGGCGGCCUUAUGACCGUCGCCCAGAUGAUCGUCAGCGACGUGGUCCCGCUGCGCGAAAGAGGUAAAUAUCAGGGUAUUCUCGGCGCAGUGGUCGCGAUCGCGAACGGCAUCGGGCCCGUGAUCGGAGGCGCGCUCGCAUCCGCAUCGAUCGAGAAGGAGUCGUGGCGGUGGAUCUUCCGGCUCAAUCUCCCACUCACCGUGCUCACGACGCUGUGCGUGUUCUUCUUCAUGCCCCUGCGCAAGGUCACGGGCUCGUGGAAGGUGAAGCUGGCGGCGGUGGAUUUUGUCGGCGCGGCGCUGGCACUCAGCGGGACGGCUGUACUGCUGCUGGGCCUGAACUGGGGUGGAGGCGAGUACGCCUGGGACUCGGCGCAUGUGAUUGCUACCCUCGUCGUGGGCGUGGCCGUCUGCGUGGCGUUCGUGCUGUGGCAGUGGAAAGGGGCCGCGUUUCCACUGGUCCCGAUGCAUAUCUUCCGCUCGCGGAUCGUCAACGGCGCGUGUCUGACCAUGUUUAUCAAUGGAUGGAAUUUCCUGGUGCAGGUGUACUAUAUCCCGACCUUCUACCAGCUGGUCUUUGGGUACUCGACCGUCAAGGCCGGCGCCAUGUUGCUGCCCAUCACACUGUUGCAGACCGCCAGUAGUACCGCCUCCGGACUCGUCGUCCACUGGAUCGGCCGGUACAGGGAAUGCAUCCUCUUCGGCUGGACGAUCUGGGCUGUCGGACUCGGUCUAUUCUCGACGUUGGACCAGUCAUCUGGUUUGGGGAAGCAGAUCGGCUAUGGGAUAUUGACUGGUGUCGGUGUGGGCAACACCCUGCAGCCUGCCCUGAUCGCAAUCCAAGCCGGCGUCGACCGCCGCGACAUGGCCGUGGUAACCUCAAACAACAUCCUCUCCUCCUCGAUCUCGAGUCUCGGAUUAACGGUUUCGGAAACAAGAUCCUUCCUGUCCAGUCCGCAGAAUUAUCUCUCUGGUCUGUCCGUGGCCGAAGCGGAGCGUGUUCGUGCUUUGGUCAUCCCAGCGUAUAAGCGUGGCUUCAGGAUUAUUUUCGUAAUCGGGGGCGCAUUGGCGGCAUUUGCGUUCUGUUUAGCGUUUGCGCUGAUGCCGCAGGUUGAGUUGAAUAGAGCCGACGAUGCGAAAUUGAAGGAGGAGGCGAAGAAGAGGGCGGCGGGUGAGGACGACGAGAAGAACACUUGCUAG